CAUGGUGCUCAGUUUCUGAUGAAGAAUUGAAAAGAAGAGUGGCUGAGGAGCUGGCAUUGGAGCAAGCCAAGAAGGAAUCAGAAAACCAGAGACGCCUUAAGCAAGCCAGGGACCUAGAACGAGAGAGGGCCGCAGCCAAUGAACAGCUCACCAGAGCUAUCCUUCGGGAAAGGAUAUCCAGUGAGGAGGAACGCUCGAAGGCAAAGCAUCUGGCUCGGCAGCUGGAAGAGAAAGAUCGAGUGAUACGGAAGCAGGAUGCCUUCUACAAAGAGCAGCUGGCCAGACUGGAGGAGAGGCAAAUGUCUCUCCAAGAGUGUCCAUAGAUCUGAAGUGGCCAGUGUGUCUGCUACAGGUGGAGAAAGGGAAGAAAGACUGGUCUGUUUCAGGCUUAAGAUAAUGGAUGAAGGUGGAAGUAGCCUGCUGAGCUGCUGUUGCCUGUGUGAGAGGAGGACUUCAGUGCAGUCAUCCUGUGUGCUGCUGCUGCUGCUGCUGCUGCUGCUGCUGCGUCACUCUGUGGAGUUUGCACAUGAGAAUGAAGACUUCCAGAUAGAGAUGAAGGACUUGUGGACCGGGGACCAACUUGAACUUAGCAGCAUUGCUGUCUGGUUAUCAGUGCACAAACAGCUUGAUACCCUCCAACACACACAUCACACGUGCGCCCAGAGCUCAGAGUUCUACAAAGUCACCACCGAGGAGUAUCAGAAAGCUGCUGAAGAGGUGGAAGCCAAGUUCAAACGGUAUGAAUAUCAUCCAGUCUGUGCAGAUCUACAGACCAAAAUCCUCCAGUGUUACCGCCAGAACACCCAGCAGACCCUCAGCUGCUCCGCUCUGGCCAGCCAGUACAUGCACUGUGUCAACCAUGCCAAACAGAGCAUGCUGGAGAAGGGAGGAUAAAGUUACCCCCGAGAACAUGCAAAGCUCCUUCAACGUUAAUUCCAGAGGUGGAACAUUUUUCUUUUCCUAUUAAGAAAAUGCCCCCAAUUAAAGAGAAGACCACUAAAGACAGACAGGCAUUGGAAAAUGGACUCGACAGAAUCAUAACGUGUUUUGAUCAACAGUAUCAGAAGCCGAGGUCUAGAUCAGGAUCAGUCAUCAAAGAACACUGUUAAGUGUUAAUGAAAGCCCCAAAUGAAUAAAGAGAAAGGCGGUCCACUGCACCUUUUUGUACUCUGUUUCCAACUUCCACUGACAUAAAAUGUUCUCUUCACUCCAGGCUCCACCAUUUAGUGACCUCCACUCUGAGAAAGCUGGGGGUGGGGGGGUGUUCAGCUAUUUCAGAUGGAGAGACAGCAAGAAGCACUGGGCUGGGGCAACAGUGUACACUCACCUAGGCCAUGGGGCCCGCGUGUACGCUUCUCUCAUUAUAUAGGAGCUAUUUCAUUGUAACUUAUUAUGGUGAUCAUGCAAGAAAGAAAGGAGAGAAAAUGUACCUCUUUCACUGGAAUAAUGUUUAUGAUUGCAAGUGAAAUAAGGCAUUUUUAUCAAUAUAAAGCGAACCUUGGCUUAUGCAACCUCUGUAGUGAAUACUGACAACUUCACUCACUAUCAAUAAUAAAUCUAUUUUCUGACAAA